AGCAGCCAUUGCCCUUUUCCUACUUGUUUCUGAUCCUGCAGGUACUGGAUCUAGUCCUAUAGCAUCAAGUUUGCAGCAGCAGCAACAACCAAUCCCAAUACAAUGGAAACUCUGGAAGACAUUGUGAUCGUGGGAGUAGGAACUGCUGGCCUUGCCACAGCCCUAGAUUCCACAGGCUUGGAAUUCCAAGUUCAGUAUUGGAUUCAUCAGAGAGAAUGAGGAACACUGGAUUUACCUUGAGAACAUUUGUCAAAUGCCUCUAUUGUAUGCUUUUGUCAGGUAUAAUUAUUCCCUUUAUGGAAUAAUUCAGUCUUAUUUAA